CUGAAAUCACUAGUGUCGUCACAGAAGUGUCAUCUCGAGGUCCUUUUUGCGAGAGGUCUUGCGUUCGGCGGUAUGCAGUGUGCGAAAAUCAUUAAAGAGCCUCAUAAUUUAGUUGACUGACGAAGGGACAAAGUGUUUUUCAUACACUCGUAUUUGCAAAAACUCAAAAUUCCGCCAAAAAGAUUUCGCCAACCCAGAGGGUGGCUUCCGAAGGGUUGCAUUGUGGACGAAGCUUCCCCGGCUACUAACAGUGCGUUUCUCCCAUACAAUUGGAGAAUCUUCCUGAACGGAGAACCUCCCUGGAAUUAUUAAUUUCCUUAAAACUUAAGUAGCACCCGCCCACUCUUAUAACACAUCCUGUGCAAAUCUGAGCACAGGUUGCCUCCUUGCUUAUUGCAAUAUAAGCUUUUAUACGAAUUUUAUAAUUUCGUCUUUAUAACGCCGUUGAAUCAAUUAAGAAUUAAAUAAAAAUGAAAUUCAUCACUAGUGACAAACGUGUUCAUAUUUUGGACGCCCAUUCCAAUGUUUGGUCUGUUAUCAUGGACAUUGCCGAUUCCGGAGUUCAGGAAGAGGCCUUCUACGUUUGUGAUCUCGGGGACAUCGUUAGGAAGCACAAAACGUGGAAAUCGUUCAUGCCGAGAGUGCAGCCUUUCUAUGCUGUCAAGUGUAACGACAGCCUUGCUGUUCUGGAAGUCCUGACCGCUCUCGGCACCGGGUUCGACUGUGCUUCCAAAGCAGAAAUCAACAAGGUCCUAGCGUUGGGCGUAAACCCUAAUCGCAUAAUAUUCGCAAAUCCAGCUAAGCCAUCUAGCCACAUCCGUUACGCAUGUGCAACGGGUGUUUCAACCAUGACGUUCGACAACGAAACCGAGCUGCACAAGGUGAAAAACCUCUACCCUGACGCCGAUCUGGUCAUCAGAAUUAGAUGCGACGCUGCUGACGCACAGUGCCCUCUCGGGAUGAAGUUCGGUUGCGACCCGGUCACCGAAGCGCCUCGCUUGCUCGAGAAGGCUAGAGAACUCGGUUUGAACGUCAUCGGUGUUAGCUUCCACGUCGGCUCCGGAUGUCGGGAGCCAGCGGUGUUCGAGAAGGCCAUCGCUGCAGCGAGGGUCGUCUUCAACGUGGGUUUAGAACUUGGCUACACUUUCGAUUUGCUGGACAUCGGAGGCGGCUUUCCUGGAGAUCGUGGAACGUCGAUCGAUGAGAUCGCCGAAAUCGUAAAUUCUGCUCUCGACACCUACUUCCCUUCGCCGUCCGUGCGCGUCAUCGCCGAACCCGGUCGCUUCUACGUGAGUUCCGCCUACACCCUCACCUGUAACAUCCAUUCCGUUCGCGACGUCAUCGGCGACGAUGAAACCACCCGCCACAAGAUGUACUACAUCAACGACGGCGUCUACGGUAGUUUUAAUUGUAUACUGUACGACCACCAGCGCGUCGUGCCGCAGCCGCUACACGAGCUGCCGGCCACUAAGUACUACUCGAGCAGCAUCUGGGGGCCGACAUGCGACGGUCUGGAUCAGGUCGUCGAAGAAGUCUUACUUCCGGAGAUGCAAAUCGGCGACUGGAUCGUCUUCGAGAACAUGGGGGCGUACACUUUGCCAGUGGCAAGCCCGUUCAACGGGUUUCCCGUCGCUAAAGUGCACGUCGUCGCCGACGAGAAUAUCUGGCUACUGCUGAAGGACAUCUUGCCGCUGACUGAGGAGCACUUCGUCAUGAAUAGGGCUCCCACCAAUUUGAAACUGGGGUUCGAAGACGUCGAAAGGGUGGCCGUCAGUAAAUUGCCGAUUAGGAUGCACGUACCUGGGGCUAAUUCCGAGCACGUUCUUGAAUACGUAGGGUUUUUGCAAGAUGGUAACUGACUUGGUUGAAGAAAAAUUGUAACGAGUCACUUGAGUGACAAAUUUUAUCUUAUUUUUUUAAGUACAACUGAAAUUUUCCAUUAUUCAAGAGACCAACUUUUUUAGCGUUACUUUUUGCAUUUUUGAAAACCGUAUUGGUAGAGUUUAUUGAUGUUAUAAAGAUUAUAUUGUAAAAGGGUUCUUUAACGGCGAAAUUUUCGAUUCACUAUUAUUCGCAUUGGUAAUAUUGGUGAAUGGAAAAUUUUAUUGUGUAAGCAAGGGGGCAACUAAUGCUUAUUCGUUUCGGGUUAAUAGCAGUCUAGUAUUUUUCACUUGACGUUGAUUGGAAAUCUACUAGGGUGCACUUUGUUCAUUACUGUGCUUUGUAGGAAUAGAAAUAAAAUUUACAGCAAAAUAA